GCCGGCGGGCGGCGGGGAGAGCGCCGAGGCAGCCCCGUCACGGGGAGGAGGAGGAGGAGGAGGAGGAGGAGGAGGAGGAGGAGGAGGAGAAGCCGGCGGAGCCUCGCCUCGCCUCGCCUCGCCCAGCCCAGCCCUGCCCCAGCGCGCAGCCCCUCCGCCGCCCCUGGCCGCCGGAGGCACCGGCGGCCGGCCGCCCGCCCUCAUGAUGGCCUCAACCGCCACCUGCACCAGGUUCACCGACGAGUACCAGCUCUUCGAGGAGCUCGGGAAAGGGGCGUUCUCGGUCGUGAGGAGAUGUAUGAAAAUUACGACAGGACAAGAGUAUGCUGCCAAAAUCAUCAACACCAAAAAGCUCUCGGCUAGGGAUCAUCAGAAACUGGAAAGAGAAGCUAGAAUCUGUCGUCUCUUGAAGCAUCCCAAUAUUGUGCGGCUUCAUGACAGCAUAUCAGAAGAAGGAUUCCAUUACUUAGUCUUUGACUUAGUCACUGGAGGUGAAUUGUUUGAAGAUAUAGUUGCAAGAGAAUAUUACAGUGAAGCAGAUGCCAGUCAUUGUAUACAGCAGAUUCUAGAAAGUGUUAAUCAUUGUCAUCUAAAUGGCAUAGUUCACAGAGACCUGAAGCCUGAGAACUUACUUUUAGCUAGCAAAUCCAAGGGAGCAGCAGUAAAACUGGCAGACUUUGGGUUGGCUAUAGAAGUCCAAGGAGAACAACAGGCUUGGUUUGGCUUUGCUGGCACUCCAGGAUACCUUUCUCCAGAGGUCUUACGAAAAGAUCCCUAUGGAAAACCUGUGGAUAUGUGGGCAUGUGGUGUCAUUCUGUAUAUCCUCCUGGUGGGAUAUCCUCCUUUCUGGGAUGAAGACCAGCACAGACUCUACCAGCAGAUCAAGGCUGGUGCUUAUGAUUUUCCCUCACCAGAAUGGGAUACAGUGACUCCUGAGGCAAAAGACCUUAUCAAUAAAAUGCUCACUAUCAACCCAGCGAAACGUAUCACAGCAUCAGAAGCACUAAAGCAUCCAUGGAUCUGUCAACGUUCUACUGUUGCCUCUAUGAUGCACAGACAAGAGACUGUAGAUUGCUUGAAGAAAUUCAAUGCAAGACGAAAACUAAAGGGGGCCAUUUUGACAACUAUGCUGGCUACCAGAAAUUUCUCAGCAGCCAAGAGUUUACUGAAAAAGCCGGAUGGAGUUAAGAAAAGGAAGUCCAGUUCGAGUGUUCAGAUGAUGAUAAACAACAAAACGAACGUGGUAACCAGCCCCAAGGAAAAUAUUCCUACCCCGGCGCUGGAGCCCCAAACUACAGUAAUCCACAACCCUGAUGGAAAUAAGGAAUCAACAGAGAGUUCCAAUACAACCAUUGAAGACGAAGAUGUGAAAGCUCGUAAGCAGGAGAUUAUCAAGGUUACUGAGCAGUUGAUUGAAGCUAUCAACAAUGGGGACUUUGAAGCUUACACAAAAAUCUGUGAUCCAGGCCUUACGUCUUUUGAACCUGAAGCUUUGGGUAAUCUAGUAGAAGGGAUGGACUUUCACCGUUUUUACUUUGAAAAUGCAUUAUCCAAAAGUAAUAAGCCAAUCCACACCAUUAUCCUCAAUCCUCAUGUCCACCUUGUGGGUGACGAUGCUGCUUGCAUUGCAUAUAUACGGCUCACGCAGUACAUGGAUGGAAGUGGGAUGCCAAAGACAAUGCAGUCAGAGGAAACACGGGUGUGGCACCGUCGUGACGGCAAAUGGCAGAAUGUUCACUUUCACCGUUCAGGGUCACCAACAGUACCCAUCAAUGCCUAGCACAGCGGGAUCCUAAUCAUGACUUCAGCCCCCAGAUGCUACGCUAAAAAUAUCAGCGGCGCCGCUCUUGCAUUAUCUGUACCCAACGCACCUGGUUGAUUACCAUCUUGGCCAUCCUGUUCUCUUCAUGCAUGUUUCUGAGUGCAUGAAGUUGUGAAGGUUCUUCAUGUAACACAUUUGUGAUGCACCAUUUUGCUGUGUAUUCCAUCUGUACACUGUUAACAUUUAAAUGAAGGUGAUGUUCCAUGCAAAUAGAAAAUAGCAAGGCAUAAAAGACAAAAAAAAAACAGUUGAUGUACAGCAGUAGAUACAGGAUACAUUUGUCAUCUUUUCUCCAUUUAUGUCAAGUUUUAACAGACAACUUUAAAACCUAUCCUGUUUGUAAAAAAGGAAAAGAAACAAAAAAUACAUUUUACCCUCUUUUUUUUUUUAAGAACUGUUUUUUGACUCCUCCUUUUCCCCUGAGUCCCUGGAUUUUGCUUUCAUUCUGGUAGGAAUGGUUAGGAUUUCCGCUGGCAGCUCUGUUACAGCAUGUAGAUGGACAAAAUCACUGAUAAAUGUGGAAGUGCUAAUAUCUUGGCUCUGUCCUAGCUGAAGCCUUCUUAGUUUAUUAGUCUAUGUAAACUGGAAAAAUCUCAUCAUUUGCUGGCUUGGCCACUUCAGAAUUAACUGUCAAUGUUCUGGCUAGUCAGCAGGUUUUUUUCUUUUGAAGUCUUUACCUUUGCUUUCUUACUAUGCUAAAUGAAAAUUUAUAUUGGAUAAUUAAGCAGAAUUAAAAAUUGCAAGGAACUAAGUGAUGAUUGAGAGGCAGGUUUUGAGGAUUAACAUGAAAGUAUAAAGACAAAUAGAUUUUUAUCACUUUUUGGAUAUAUUGUAAAUUUAUUAAGGAGUCUUUAAAACAUUUUAAAAUUUUGUUUAAGCUAUAGACCACUUCAGUGGUUAAUAUACUCUAGAAGUAUUAGGCCUUAAAAGCUUAGUAUGAAGAGUUUAUUUACUUUCCAACGUUGCUGUUGCUUCUCUGGAAAUGUAUUAUGACUACACCAGUUUUCUAGUAACUGUAACACUUUUACCACAGAUUUGUUUCUCCUUCCUCUUCCCCCUCAAUCUGCUCUUUGUUUAUUAAAAUCAUCAGGCAGCAUACAGUAUCAAGGACAACAAUCUCUGCAGCAUUACCAGCUUGUUUUGGCUCUUUAUCCCUGGCUGCAAAUGUCUGUACACUGUGAAGGGAAUGCGCUCAAUGUCAGUUCAGAACACAAACUUUGUGACAGGGACUAUUUUCGCUUCCUUUACACGGCUGUGAACUACAUCCUUGCAAGCAUUUAGAUUUGUUCCCUUCCAUUUUUAAUAGAAAAAUGCAGGGAUUAUAGGUUCUUUCUUUCUCAUUUGUUUUAUUACCAACAGGGCUAACUGUUUCCUGCAGCACUGUAUCAUGCAUGGUAUCUCAAUCAAUGUUCUUUUUAGCAGUGGAAAAUUUACAACUGGACAGCCUGAAGUUUAUAAAAUGGGAAAGCUUCCUAAUUUGUAUAAUUUCACCUUUCUGUGUUGAUUACUAAUCAAAAGCAGUUCUUAAACAUUUUGAUGUUGUUACUAGUGGAUGUAUGGUAGAUGGAUUUAAGCUUCUCUGAUAAUUAUUACGUGAUUUUAAACAAUAUAUAUUUAAAAUAAGCAUCUACAAUAAAUGUGUUGAGCCAUAUUAACCUGCCAAUGGGAUCUGUGAAAAAAAAGUAAUGGCCUCAUUUUUUUCUCAUUAAUUUCUUUUUUUUCUUUUUUUCUUUUUUUCUUUUUUUCUUUUUUUUUUUUUUGUGAAGCGGCUAUAAGUGGCAUAACUGUAUUUAAAAUUAACAAAUUAGUUGUAGGGUGGUUUUUUUUAUACUUCUAACAUAGCAUGUGGUGUUGGCGUAUUACCGUAGAUCAAGUUUGUCUUCCACACCAAGAUGGAAAUUGUGAUUUGUUCUCUCCACCACAGUUGAAUUAUACACUUCUCUUCUGUCAUUUGGAACACUGCAGUUUACCGUGGGACACAGUGUACAUAUUUCUUGCCAUAAUGGUAAAUGAUUGAUAUAUUUAAGGAUUAAUAAAUUUGUGAUUUCUGCUGA